CACAUUGUCGGUGUCACUGGCAGUCAGUCUGUAAGCCAAGAGUGGGAGAAGUGAACAGUCAUUUCCUUUGCUCUCCAGACAGCGAAUGGACAUUUCUGGUCACAGCAAAGCUGUAAUAGAUACACUGCAAUACUGCAGCAGAAAUGGGAUUACUUACUACUGUUCUCUUGCACUGGAUGGAGGUCUAAGCAGGCAAAUAACAGGACAACACAACGCUUUGGAAAACAAGACAACUUGCCUUAAGUGACCAUGCCGUGCGUCCAGACCCAGUGCGGCUCCUCUCCACAAGGAGCCAGCCCGGCCUCACAGAGCGCCGUCGGAGAGCGCAGCUGCGACUUCCUCACCCCGGAGUUUGUCAAGUUUAGCAUGGACCUUACCAACAAUGAAAUAUCAGCAGCCUCGUCGGGUCCCAGUUUUGGCCCUUUAACGGACACCUACAGCUCCGGCUACGACGUUAAGCCCACAUGUCUCUUCCAAAUGCCGGUUCAGGGGGAGCUUCCGUGCGUCAAGGUGGAGGAUGUUCACGGAUGUCCGCGGUAUCAGCCGAAUCAGCAUCAUCCGCACCAAUCAGACGAGCUGCUCUCCUCUCCGGGCUCAGUUUAUUAUUACCGGUCUCCAUCGCCACAUACAUCCAACUUCCAAACUCCACCGGGACACAUAUGGGAAGACUCCGGCUCUCUGUACAGUUUCCGUCAAGACUAUUUGGCGGCAGCGCACAGGAAAAACACAUUAUCUAGAUUCUCACUGUUUUCUCUCAAACACGCGCAACACGGCAGCCAGAGCUUGUCCACCUGCCAAAUGAAAUUUGACGGAUCUCUCCAUGUGUCCAUGAACCUGGACGCGGCCGGUGCGCACCAGCCGCUGGACAGCCCCGGGGUUUUGGGCUGCACUGGUCUCGGAAAGCAGCCUGGUGUAGGAUUUCCUCACCCUUUCCAGCUCGCCCACAGCCACCACUUUAAGGACUAUCAGAGUCCUUCGGGCCCCAGUCGAGGACCGCUGAGCGCGGAGGGGCUGUGCGCGGUGUGCGGGGAUAACGCAGCCUGCCAGCACUACGGGGUGCGCACCUGCGAAGGCUGCAAGGGAUUUUUCAAGCGUACAGUGCAAAAAAAUGCCAAAUACGUGUGUUUGGCUGCCAAAAACUGCCCUGUGGACAAACGCAGGAGGAACCGAUGCCAAUAUUGUCGCUUCCAGAAGUGCCUUGCAGUGGGAAUGGUCAAAGAAGUGGUAAGGACAGACGGUCUGAAAGGUCGAAGGGGUCGCCUGCCAUCUAAACCGAAAGCUCUUCCGGACUCGUCCUCGCCUGUCAGCACCCUCAGCGCCCUCAUCAGGGCACACGUGGAGUCGAACCCUUCGCCCUCUCGCCUUGAUUACGCCAAAUUCAAAGAGAGUCCUGAAAGCCCGCUGGGAGAUGAUGCUCAACAUGUGCGGCAGUUUUAUGACCUCUUGACCAGAUCGAUGGAGGUGAUUCGAGGUUGGGCGCAGAAGAUCCCGGGCUUUACCUCCCUGCCCAAGCAUGACCAAGACCUCCUGUUCUACUCUGCUUUCCUGGAGCUCUUUGUUUUGCGACUGUCGUACAGGUCCAACCCAGAGGAAGGGAAGCUGAUCUUCUGCGAUGGGUCGGUGUGGCACCGGCUCCAGUGCCUGCGGGGUUUUGGGGAGUGGAUCGACAGCAUCGUAGAGUUCUCAGCCAAUCUGCAGAGGAUGAAUUUGGACGUCUCCACCUUCUCCUGCAUAUGCACCCUCGCCCUGGUCACCGAGCGGCACGGACUGAAGGAGCCCAAGAAAGUGGAGGAGCUGCAGAGCAACAUCGUCAAGUGCUUGAAGGACGGCGGGAUGUGUGCCGACAGAGGCUCAAACUGUUGGUCCAACCAUUUGUCCAGACUUUUGGAAAAGCUGCCUGAACUUCGCACUCUGUGCAUCCAAGGCCUGCAGAGGAUUUUUUAUUUGAAGCUGGAGGAUUUGGUGCCGCCGCCUGCAAUAAUAGAUAAGUUAUUCCUCGACACGUUGCCAUUUUAGAGACAUGAGAGAACACAUAUGGGAGCGUUUUUCUGUGUUUUUUCAAGAAAUUGCAUUGUUAGACUACUUUUGCUUUAAUCCUAACAUUCAUUCCUGACAGUUUGAGCUUUGUGCACUGCAUAAAAAACAUUUUUAAAUCUAAUAUUGAGUCGUCAAAUCACAUUUUCCUCCAAACAUGUGCAAUCUAUUUCAAGAAAUGUGACCACUUACCUGUAAUUUAAAGAAACUGAAGCAUGAUGAUUCUUUUUUCUCCCUUAUGUGGGUCAUGCGAGGAUUAAAAUGACCAAUUUCAACGUCUGCGAGAAAAGAAAAAUUUAUUAAUACUCUUAACAAUUUGAAUUUUUAUUUCAUUACACUUUUACAACGAGAUUUGGACUGCCUGACUGCCUGUAAGUGAGCUUGUUGUUAUCAGCCUGUGAAGAGACUGUUUUUAUACGAGACGAGUGUGUCGCAUCAUGUUUAGGUUCUUCAUAAGAUAGAGGCUAUAUAUUAGUCAUAUGGUGAUUAAUAUAUAAUAUGCGA